CUACAACCCCGAUACCAUCAACCAAUCAAACGCCUGCAUGAUUUACUGAGAAGAAGCCAUUUUCCUGCGUCGACACGAAAUAAACAUGAGUGGUCGUUCAAAAGAAUGGACACUGUCCUGCAAGGUGUAUGUGGGUGAAUUGGGGAACAAUGCAAACAAGCAGGAACUGGAAGAUGCAUUUGGUCAGUACGGAAGGCUAAAGAAUGUCUGGAUUGCCAGGAAUCCCCCAGGGUUUGCGUUUGUUGAAUUUGAAGAUGCAAGGGAUGCAGAAGAUGCAUGCAAAGAACUUCACGGAAAGAGACUUUGUAGAUCUAAAGUGAGAGUGGAGAUGUCACAUGGGAAGUCCCGCUGGGGUAAGGGUGGUCCCCCUGUGCGUCAGUACGGAGGUGGUGGUGGUGGCGGCGGCGGCAGUAGGGGAGGUCGAGACAGCAAAGACAGUUACUGGCGUCCAGGAACAAGUCGAGGAGGACGUUCUAGGUCAAGGUCCCGAUCUCCAAUACCCCGUAGGAGGUACUCCCGAAGCAGAAGCCGCAGCAGGUCAACCUCUCCAUACCGACGUUAAUUGGUGCCAGGUUUUACAGAAAUGCGAGAGUGACACUGUUUUAGUCACAUUGAGUGAACUUUACCAGGUGUAUGUAAGCCACAGUGCGGGCAAACCAUUACCUGUAAUUUCUUAGUCAUAGAGAUCUGAGAAGUUGGUUAUAGCAGAUAAAAAAGACUUGAAUGAUGAAACAUUUUGAAAGUGUACGCAGGCAUAUGCAGUUUGGUUUGAGAACUUGUGAACUGGAAUUCAUUCAUUUCCCACCUGUGAUGUAGGCCAGACUGUUUUACACCAGACAUUACUGGGCUGAUAAUUAUACCUGGCAUGUGAACCACCUGGAGUUUUAGUCUGUUUGAUGUUUUUAAAUAUUUCUUUGUAAUACUUGUUGAUAGUCGUGUAUUUUACCAUAAGUGAAAAAUAACUUUUAGGGACAUAUAUCAUCAAAUUAAUCGGUCACUGCCAUGUUUGAUUUAUAAAUCAAAAUCAUUUCAGAAUUUUUAUACAUGUUAACAUCUACAAUGCAGAUAUUUGCGCUGUUGUAGGUGAUCGGCAGAUUUAUUUAGAUUUAUAAAAGUUACUUGUUGUAUUUAUCUUCAUUGCUGAUCUAUAUUCAGGUCUGAUAUGUGAAGUGAAAACAUUGUGUAUUCGUCUGUUAAGCAUGAAGAAGCUACAUGUACAUAUAUAUGUGCAAACAAUGAACGUACGUAUCAUCUCCAAAAAACAUUUAUGUCAUCUGUUAAUCAAUUUAUACAUCAUGUAGCUAACAUCCUUGUAGUAUUGUGGAUCAUGCAUCGAAAAACGUCUGUCAUACUUGGGACCUGUAUUGAUAUGUAGUGAUAAAAUUGUGGUAGUAGAUUUUGAUGAAUGUAAGCAAGCGUGAGUGCAGAUGUUCUAUAAAGAAUUGUUAUAAUGGAAACAAUUUCCUGACGUUGCAGGUACCACAUGCUAUAUAUAUAUAUAUUUAUAUUGUUUUUAACCUCAACACAUUGUUGUCGUUCUGUAGUAUGUUUUUUUGUCGGAACAUUUCAAUGGAGAAAUAAACACUGUCAAGUGGUGCUUGAAGAUUUCUUCUUUAAUUCUUUCACCUGAACAGCUUAAAUUUCAGAAGAUAACAAUACAUUUUUUAAAACCUGUAAGAAUUCGUACACACAUUAAAAACAGCUGUGUUCUGUUUUCAGUUGUCGCAUUUAAAUGCAUCUUAGGGAAGUCUGUUGUGUUUUUUUGGUGUUGAAGACAGAAAUUUAACUGUAUUUUGUAUUGUCUUAACACAGGUUUAAUAUUUAUCUUUUUUAUUCUUCUAGACAUUUUAUUCAUCAUUCAUGUUGACAUUUUUAGACUUCAAUGGACUCGGAGUUUAGGAGAGAAAAAAGUCAUCUUGAUGUUUUGAAAGCAUUUCUGGGGCGACUGUUGUGUCUGAUCAAUAGGAUAAUUGUGAUGUUAUUAUGUGAUGUCACAAUUCUGUUUUGUAAAUUUAUAGUGCAAUAUCAUUAAACAUGACACUGGUAAAUUUGCGAUUGAUCCAGGGGCUUUGUUUAUGUUGGGGUUUGGAAUUCAAAACUUCAUCAUGAGGACUGGUCAAUUAUCUUAUGCAUCUAGUCCUUAAGAAAUUUACUGUUACUUACCUAGUAAAUCAGAAUUUAUUUGAUAGGUUGACAAAUUAACAGCAUUCAUUUUAAAACGGCAGCAAUAUUUCACCAUGUAGUACUAUCUUCUGCCUCGUGCUAUAGUACUGGGAUAUGUUUCCAUCGUAUUUUCAUUAGCCAGAUCUUGGAAUAUUGUUUGUAACAUCAAGCUAGGACUAGGAUAUAGUAUUAAGACUAAGCAGAAAAUAGGUGUCUAACCAUGACUUCCAUGUGUUUAGAUAAACAUUAGCCAGAUUUCUGUCUACCAUUAGUAACAUUGAGGUAGCACUAGUGUGUUGUAAUUGACUUGGCUGUUGUACUGAGCAGAAAUUGGUGUAUAACCCCAACAUCGUAUAUAUAUAUAUACACACCAAAUAUCCAUGGUUUUUGUUUUUGCAUAAUGGCAAUUCUGAGUUGGCUCAGAGUCCCGAUAUUAUAGGGCACUGACAUCUUGUGUAGUUACCCAGUAAGAUGUGUGAAAGUAAUGUAUCGUUACUGAUUCUAUUUUACAUAAAUGUGGAAUUACUUAUAUUGUACAUAUCCAUAUAAUCAGCUAUUAUUUUACUAAGAAAUCUUUAAUUUAACUGUGAGAUCUUUAUUCAGGAUAAAGUAUUAAAAUGUUUUGAAAACAAA